AUAAUUAACAAGGGUGGCCGUUUUCGUUUCCAUGUCAGCAGAGAAUUCGAGAAUAUACAAAAAAGCAGGUGCAUGUUUUAUCACUACCUUCUAGCUGCCAAUGCAUGGGUGGUUAAAAUGCCUCUCUCUUCGCUCUUCGUUGUUUCUUGCAUUUUCCUUCUCUCGAAUAAGGUUCAAUUGUCGCAGAGCGCAAGUGUCGAAAAAGAAUGUAAUGAUCCCCUUGGGCUGGCAUCAGAUCUGCCCGAUUCCAAGUUCAACUCGAGCUCUGAGCUUUCUCCAAGCACCAGGCCUCAUCACGGCAGGCUGCACAACGCGCAUGCGUGGUGUGCUGCGGCGAAUGACGCUGACCAGUAUCUGGAGAUAGACCUGGGACUCGUGCGCAUGAUCAAGUCCAUCGCAGUUCAAGGAAACCCUACCGCUGACCAGUUUGUGACGUCAUUCGCCUUGGAGUCAUCUGUUGUGGCGGGAUCUUGGCUAACGUAUGUGGAGACGGGGGCACGUCGAAUUUUCCAGGGUAAUAGUGAUGGUGGUCGCAUUGUGAAGCACUCUCUUCUUCACGUGGUCGCCGCUUCCCGCAUCCGCGUUAGGCCUGUAACGUGGUACGGUCAUGUGUGCCUUCGUGUUGAGCUGUAUGGCUGUGACGCAGAUUCUCUUGUCCCCCUGGGAAUGAACAGCGGAGAGAUCCCUUCCUGGGCCAUAACUGCUUCAUCAUCGUUUGAUGGUCACCCGCCGACCUACGGGAGAUUAUACCUGUCUAUAGCUGAUGGCAGCACGUGCUGGGCCAGCGCAAAUGGAGACACGGCUCCCUUUUUUCAAGUGAAUCUUGGUCGACCGCGUUAUGUAACGGCCAUUGCGACGCAAAGACGCUAUGGGUGGAGUCAGCGCGUCACUGCGUACAAUGUCAAGUAUGGAGAUUGUGUCACUUGGAAGACUAUUGCAGAAGACAGCGGACAAGCCAAGGUUUUCCCCGGGAAUACAUUAGAUAACUAGGAUGUCGUUCGGAAUGUGCUGCCUCAAGUUUUU